ACGCGCAGAUUCGCGAACAACCGAUGCGGCCCGUAGUUGUUAACGGUAAUUCCUCCAGGCCAGGUUAAUCCGACGCCGCGAAUCGCGCGCGAUCAGUCGGCGAGUUAGCGAGGGAGGCGGAUACACAUUCGACGGAGGGCGACACGGCUGUAUCGGGCAGAUCGUUCAACAAGGAAGCCACGCGACACGCCACGCGCUACUCACGCGCUUUGCCUUUCCAUCUUACUGCCAGAAGUGUCUCCCUCGGCUCCGUACCUCGCAUGGCUCCCGUCUCUCCCCAUGUUCUCCACUGUCCAAUUCAACUGGUACCGUUGCUCGCCAGUUCGCCGUGUCGCGGGUGAUCACGCUUGGUCCAGGUGAAGUCGAAGGUGAGAACUGCAGGUGAGAAACCGGGCAAGCGCAUCGCGAGGUAUCGCGAUUACCUGGGUAUCGCCACGUAAAAUGCGGCCAGUGGAUGUGCAGCAGUGUCCUCGAUCCCGCGACUGUGGUGAACAGCAUGGUGAAUGUUCCGACCGGUAGAGUGUACGAGAAACGUGUUCGUGCGUCGUCAGGGCGAUAGGUAACCCGGGGAACAACCGACCGGAUUACGGGUCCUCGAUGUUGUUCUUACCUCUCCGACCGGCGCCGUCGUUACGUAUCGCGACGUUGUCGCAACUCAGGAAAUAUCUUCCCCGUGACGAAUCUUCCGGCGAGCCUUUCUGGAAAUCCGCGGAGACCCACGAGUCGAUCAGCCGCUGAGUGCCUCUCCAGUUCAUCCUCGGACGAGAUCCAACGGGAAGCAUGUCGUUGCAUUAUCCUCAGGGAUAUCGGUACCGUCCGGCGACCAAGGCCGUUGGACCAGGGAACGGAGAACAGGGAUCGGACAGCGACGUCGCCGAACUCAGCGAUCUCGAGGAUGACGAGGACGAAGACGGGGCCGAACAGUCGAUCAGACGCGUCGUUCGGCAACGGAGAGACGACGACCACGAAGAGGACCAAGAGGAAGACGAGGAAGAGGACGAUGACGAGGACGACGACGACGACGACGACGACGAGAACGAAGACGACGACGGAGAGGACGAGGUGGAUGGCGACGAGCUACCCUAUCCUGGUUUCGUGCCGGUUGCCUUGCGAUACCUUGACCAGAAUACACGACCGCGCAACUGGUGUCUGGCGCUCAUCACUAAUCCAUAUCCUUUUGGAACGGAACGAUAACCUUAUUGUUUAGAAACGAUCAUUACCUUUUCAGCUUGCUACGAAAAGUAAGUCUCUUUAAUAGACCUUUUGCAGUAGCUUCGUAAUUUAGCUUUGAAAUAACGUCGAGC